GCGCUCUUCUCGCCACCCUGGGAAUCGCCACCGCCCAGCUUGCACCCGCCGUCCCCCCAGUGCUUGGGCACCUGUUGGAGGCACAGAGACAGGCCUGCUGCAUGAGGGGCCGCAGGGGUGAUCGCAUGACCAUCAACAUCCAGGAGCACAUGGCCAUCAACGUGUGCCCAGGGCCCAUCCGGCCCAUCCGCCAAAUCUCCGACUACUUCCCCCGCAGGGGACCAGGACCUGAAGGGGGUGGUGGUGGGGGCCUUGGGGAGGCCCCUGCUCGGCUGGCCCCCUUGGCCCUGGCCCCCCCUGCAGCCCUCCUUGGGGCCACCACCCCCGAGGAUGGAGCUGAGGUCGACAGCUAUGAUUCGGAUGAUGCCACCGCCCUGGGCACACUGGAGUUUGACCUUCUCUACGACCAGGCCUCCUGCACUUUGCACUGUAGUAUCCUCAGGGCCAAGGGCCUCAAGCCCAUGGACUUCAAUGGCCUGGCUGACCCCUACGUUAAGGUGCAUCUGCUUCCUGGAGCCUGCAAGGCCAAUAAGCUAAAAACUAAGACUCAGAGAAACACUCUGAAUCCUGUGUGGAAUGAGGACCUGACGUACAGUGGAAUCACGGAUGAUGACAUCAGCCACAAGGUGCUCAGGAUCUCCGUAUGUGAUGAAGACAAACUGAGCCACAAUGAGUUCAUCGGGGAGAUCCGUGUGCCCCUCCGCCGCCUCAAGCCUUCACAGAAGAAGCAUUUUAAUAUCUGCCUCGAGCGCCAGGUCCCGCUGGCUUCGCCCUCUUCCAUGUCAGCAGCGCUCAGGGGCAUAUCCUGUUACCUGAAGGAGCUGGAGCAGGUGGAACAGGGGCCUGGGCUGCUGGAAGAACGAGGGCGCAUCCUGCUGAGCCUCAGCUAUAGCUCACCGCGCCAGGGGCUGCUGGUGGGCAUCAUACGCUGUGCCCACCUGGCUGCCAUGGACGUCAAUGGCUACUCCGACCCCUAUGUCAAGACGUACCUGCGGCCAGAUGUGGAUAAGAAAUCCAAGCAUAAAACAGGUGUGAAAAAGAAGACUCUCAACCCAGAAUUUAAUGAGGAGUUUUUCUAUGAGAUGGAGCUCUCAGCUCUGGCCACCAAGACUCUGGAAGUCACAGUCUGGGACUAUGACAUUGGCAAAUCCAACGACUUCAUUGGCGGCGUGUCCCUGGGGCCAGGUGCCCGGGGUGAGGCUCGGAAGCACUGGAGUGACUGUCUGCAGCAGCCAGACACGGCCCUGGAGCGCUGGCACACCCUGACCAGCGAGCUGCCCCCUGCAGCCGGGGCGCUGCCCUCCGCCUGAGGGGCUGGCAGCUGCCCAGCACAGGUCCCUAGGGACCGGGUCCAGUACCCAACCUUCGCACGAGUGUGUUGCACGUUUACACGGGGUGGAUGCCCCGCCCCGCCCUGCACUACCUGUCUUAUUUUGUGAGAGAGUCUGUGACUGUGGGUCUGUCUUCUUGUGAGGGACUGUGGAGAUCUAUAUUCACAUAUGCAAACUUCCUCCUGCCUGACUCGCUACUACAUGCAAAUAUGCAAACCACCCAUCCUGUGCACACCUGCAGGGGGCGUCAGCCAGGGCCCCCUGGCCCAAGGCCCAGCUGCUGCUCCUCUCUUGCCUCUCCAGGCUGCCCCGUCCCCUCCACCCACAGGGAGGAGGUCGGAUUAGGGGGGGUUCGAAAGAGGAGAAAGUUUC